UUCCCUUCCCUCUUCCUCUGACUCUCGGUGUCCCUGCUUAUCUCUCACACAUUUGUCUUCACUGAGCUCCUCACCAUGAACAGACAAGUCUGCAGGACAUCUGGUGGCGGGAGCCAGGGCUUCUCCGGCCGCUCCGCUGUGGUCUCUGGCAGCAGCAGGAUGAGCUGUGUGGCCCGCUCUGGGGGAGCUGGCGGAGGGGUCUCUGGGUUCCGGAGUGGAGCAGGUGGCUUUGGCAGUCGCAGCCUCUACAACCUGGGAGGCAACAAGAGCAUCUCCAUCAGUGUGGCAGGUGGUGGCUCCCGGGCUGGUGGCUUUGGUGGAGGGCGUAGCAGCUGUGGCUUUGGGGGCAGUUGUGGAAGUGGCUUUGGGGGAGGUUAUGGAGGUGGCUUUGGUGGUGGCUUUGGUGGUGGUAGGGGAAUGGGAGGUGGCUUUGGGGGAGCUGGUGGCUUUGGAGGGGCUGGUGGCUUUGGAGGAGCUGGUGGCUUAGGAGGAGCUGGUGGUUUUGGUGGUCCUGGUGGCUUUGGUGGUCCUGGUGGCUUUGGUGUGCCAGGUGGCUUUGGUGGGCCUGGUGGCUUCCCUGGGGGGAUCCAGGAAGUGACUGUCAACCAGAGCCUCCUGCAGCCCCUCAAUGUGGAGAUCGACCCCCAGAUUGGGCAAGUAAAGGCCCAGGAGCGGGAGCAGAUCAAGACCCUCAACAACAAGUUUGCCUCUUUCAUCGACAAGGUGCGCUUCCUGGAGCAACAGAACAAAGUCCUGGAGACCAAGUGGAACCUGCUCCAGCAGCAGGGCACAAAUUCCAUCACAGGAACCAACAACCUUGAGCCUCUUUUUGAGAACCGCAUCAACUACCUGCGGAGCUACCUAGAAAGCAUCCUGGGGGAGAGAGGCCGCCUGGACUCAGAGCUGAGGAACAUGCAGGACCUGGUGGAGGACUUCAAGAAGAAAUAUGAGGAUGAAAUCAAUAAACGUACAGCUGCUGAGAAUGAAUUUGUGACCCUGAAGAAGGAUGUGGAUGCCGCGUAUAUGAACAAGGUGGAGCUUCAGGCCAAGGUGGAUGACCUGAUGGAGGAGAUCAACUUCUUGAGGACCCUCUAUGAUGCGGAGCUGUCCCAGAUGCAGAGCCAUGUCAGUGACACAUCCGUGGUGCUGUCCAUGGAUAACAACCGCUGCCUGGACCUGGACAGCAUCAUAGCUGACGUCCGUGCCCAGUAUGAGGACAUUGCCCAGAGGAGCAAGGCUGAGGCUGAGGCCCUGUACCAGACCAAGUUAGGAGAGCUACAGACCACGGCUGGCAGACACGGGGAUGACCUAAGGAGCACCAAGAGUGAGAUUGUGGAGCUCAACAGGAUGAUCCAGAGGCUGCGUGCAGAGAUUGAGAACAUCAAGAAGCAGAAUGCCAACUUGCAGACAGCCAUUGCAGAAGCUGAGCAGCGUGGGGAGAUGGCCCUCAAGGAUGCCAACACCAAGCUCCAAGAGCUGCAGGCUGCCCUACAGCAGGCCAAGGAUGACCUGGCCCGGCUGCUGCGUGACUACCAGGAACUGAUGAACGUCAAGCUGGCCCUGGACGUGGAGAUCGCCACCUACCGCAAGCUGCUGGAGGGUGAGGAGUACAGGAUGUCUGGAGAGUGCCCGAGUGCUGUCAGCAUCUCCGUGGUCAGCAACAGCAGCACGACUUCCGCCUCGGCAGGUGGUUUCGGAGGAGGCUACGGUGGCGGCUUGGGAGGCGGCGCAGGCAGCGGGUUCGGCCCGGGCGGCGGCAGCGGCAGCCGGUUCGGCAGCGGCGGCGGGUUCGGCGGCGGCGGUGGGUUCGGCAGCGGCAGCGGGCUCGGCAGCGGCGGCGGCGGUGGGUUCGGCAGCUGCGGCAGCGGCUUUGGCUCCGGCUCCGGGGGUCGCUGUGGAGUCAGUGGCGGAGGCUUCAGCUCCGGCAGCAACCGGGGCGGCAGCGUCACGUUCUCCCAGUCCUCCCAGCGCUGCUCCAGAUAAAGAAGGCGCCUCAGCACCGCAGCCAGCCCAGCGCCUGCCGCCCCGUCGCUCCCCGCCAUCGGCAACACCCCAGCGCCAUGCCCCUGUCCCCCAAGGGAGCGGCUCUUUGUCGCUGGAAAGCUAGGGGCCUCUUGCUCCUCCAUCCAGAUCCCCCGCCAAGCCCAAACACGAGAAUUUCACACUCUUCCUUGCGGCUCCAGCCUGUGCCUGUGAUUGUCUGGGUGUGGCCCCAGCCACCACCUUCUGCUGCCCUUGGGGUCCCCUGCCUGGGUGGGGUGGUCAGCAUGGCUCUGAUGUAUUUAACACGCAGUCCCCUCUGCCC